AUGCCAGCACCUCCCUCCUUUGACGCCCCGAAUCCCGCAUCCCCCUAUAAUAACACCUAUCAGCAGCAAGCCGUCCAACGCCAAUCUCUCUAUCAAAGAGCCCAAGCGCAAAAUCUCGAUCGCUUUGGACCUAGUAGUGGUCAGACCGGUGGUAACAGUAACGGCAAUAGCAAUAACAAUAGCAAUAACAACGGGAACGUUGAUAGUAAGAGUUUGAUCGGUGGGAGGUUUAAGAUAUACCCUAGAGAAUUUGCCUGGCCCCCUUAG